CUUGCAAUUCUCGACGUUAUUUCUCUAGAAAGCGCUGAUACGUACACGGUUCUCUGUGUUGAAAUCGUCGCCUCCUCUGAUUUGUGCACGGCUGGCGGCAAAUUGGGAUUGCGGACUCUGGAUAUUUAAGGUUGAUGAUUGGAGUGCGAGAACAUGUUAUGGGCAUAUCACGUGCGUUAUUUUGUAUUAGAAGCCACAGCGGCCAUGAAAGGCAGAAAGUUGCUGCCUUUUGGUGUGCGAACCAUCACAACCUUAGGAGCCAAGAAUCCGCCGUCAGCCGCUAGGUUGCAGGUGGAAUCGUACUGUGAACCCUACCCUCACGAGGUUGUCUAUUUCCUAAACAAGAAAGUUGAUAGCUUGAUAAAAUCCGGGCAGUUUGUGGUUGCUCAGGAGGUGUUCGAUGAAAUGCCUACACGGGAUGUUGUCUCUUACAAUUUGCUGAUUUCUGGGCAUCGUAAAUACGGUGUCCUACGGCAUGCUUUGUGGCUAUACCACGAGAUGGUUUCUCACUGUAUCAGAGAGAGUGAAUCGACGGUUUGCUCUGUGUUGAGUAUAUGUAGCGAUGAUGCGAAGUUUUUCUGGGAAGGGAUUCAGGUCCACUGUAGGGUGGUUAAGCUUGGGUUCGGUUGUAAUGUGUUUGUUGGGAGUUCACUGGUUGGUCUUUACAUGCAUGUAGGACUUGAGAAUCUAGGUUUAGGUUUGUUUGAUGAAUUGCCUGUGAGAAACUUACCCACAUGGAAUUUGGUUUUGCGUGGGAUUUCUGAACUGGGUCGAUGUGAUGAGUUGUUGUUGAAACUGCAUAAUAGGAUGAGACUGGAAGGGGUGGAGGGAAAUGGGGUUACUUUUUGCUAUUUGAUUCGUGGAUGUUGUGACGAGAGGUUUUCCAACGAAGGGAAAAAGCUGCAUUGCCAUGUGGUCAAGGCUGGAUGGGAAGAAUCAAACAUUUUCGUCGCUAAUGCUUUGGUGGAUUUUUACUCAGCUUGUAGACUUUUCUCUGAUGCCAAGAGAUCUUUCAAAACUAUUCAAGCUCAAGAUGUUUUGUCAUGGAAUUCAAUGUUGGCAGCUUUUGUAAAUGAUGGAUCAGUGCUUGAAGCCGUUGAACUGUUUCAUACAAUGCAAUUUCAUGGGAAGAGGCCAUCCAUUCGGUCCUUCGUUGGGUUCUUGAAUUUUUCCAGCAAAACUACAGAUAUUCUGCUUGGGAAGCAAAUUCAUUCCUGGGUCUUUAAAGUCGGGUUUCUUGUGGGGAGUUGCCAUGUUCAAUCUGCGUUGAUUGAUAUGUAUGGGAAAUGCAGGGAUAUUGAGAGUUCAGUGUCUGUUUAUGGAUAUGUCUCUGAUAAAACUUUGGAGUGUUGCAACACAUUGAUUAUCUCUUUACUCCACUGUGGCAUUGUCGAGGAUGCUUGUGAGAUGUUUGGUUUAAUGGUUGAUGAAGGAACUGGUCUGGAUGAGAUUACAUUUUCUACGGUGCUGAAAGCUUUAUCACAGUCUGGUUUCUCGUGCUUGGUCAGCUGCAGUUUGGUGCACUGUUGUGCCUUAAAACUAGGUUUCGAAACUGAUGUUGCCGUUUCUUCCUCCUUGAUUGAUGCAUACUCGAGGUCCGGUUGCAUUGAACUCUCACGAAAGGUGUUUGAACAACUUCCCUCGCCGAAUGUCAUCUGUUGCACUGCGAUGAUAAGUGGAUAUGCUCAUAAUGGAAUGGGAACGGAGGGGCUAGAGAUUCUUAAAGAGAUGAUGUUGAAAGGACUGACACCUGAUAAAGUAACCUUCUUAUGUGCCUUAACUGGAUGCAGCCACUCUGGAUUGGUUGAAGAAGGUAGAAUGACUUUUGAUGUGAUGAAACUUCUGUACGGGAUAUCUCCUGAUAGAGGGCACUUCUCCUGUAUGGUGGAUCUAUUGGGGCGUGCUGGUAGGUUGAAUGAAGCGGAGGAGUUGCUGCAACAGGCUCCUGGAAUUGGUGAUUGUGUGAUGUGGAGUUCAUUGCUGCAAAGCUGCAGGAAUCAUAAGAACGAAAUGGUGGGAAGAAGGGCGGCAAAGGUCUUGUUGGAUCUUGAACCAAGGGAUUUUGCUGUCUAUUUGCAGGUAUCAAACUACUAUGCUUACAUUGGGGAAUAUGAUUUGUCAAUGGAGAUAAGAGAAACUGGUAUACGAAGGACGAUGACAAGGCGGAUUACUGGUCGCAGUUUUGUUGAGGUCAAUAGCUGUCGACAGGAUGAAUAAGAUGAUCGACCAUUUAUUGAAAACAAGUUAGCUGUCAGCAGUUAGUUAGCUUUGAGGGUCUUGGAUCUUCUCCCUGCAUACUUCAACUUUCUGUUCGUGAAGCUGGACCCUCCCUUCCCUAAUUAUGCAAAUCAAUUAAGUUUCCCAUACCAAGCAGAAGAGGCCAAAACAAAAAUCAUGGACCGGAAAUUCCUCAUUUCUUUCCUUUGCUUGCUGAUUGUGGGCCAUGGAGUUGCAGGAAACAUGGUAUAUGACAAACUUGGAAUGCUUGAGGAUCUUGAAACCGUUGACAUUGAAGAUGGGGUGGAAGGUUUUGAUGUACCUUCAUGGACAAGCGAACGCGGAGGCCAAGUUCUUGUGAACGUUGACAGCUUUGGCGCUGUUGGAGAUGGAGUUUCUGAUGACACUAAGGCAUUUGUGAAUGCUUGGAGCACGGCGUGCAACACAACAAAAGCAGUCUUCUUGGUCCCUCCAGGUCGUCAAUAUUUAGUAAAUGCAACAAAAUUUAAAGGACCUUGUGCGGAUAAGCUAAUCAUUCAGAUUGAUGGAACAAUAGUGGCACCUGAUGAACCUGCAAACUGGGAUCCAAAGCUUGCAAGAUUAUGGCUUGAUUUUAGCAAGCUGAAUGGGGUUAUCUUUCAAGGAAAUGGAGUCAUUGAUGGCUCAGGCAGCAAGUGGUGGGCUGCUUCUUGUAAGAAGAACAAGUCAAAUCCUUGCAAAGGGGCACCAACUGCAUUAACUAUUGAUUCAAGCACUGGUGUGAAAGUUACAGGGAUAACCAUCAAGAACAGUCAACAGAUGAAUUUUGUGAUUACCCGGUGUAACUCUGUCCGAAUUUCUAAUGUGCUAGUUUCGUCUCCUGGAGACAGCCCCAACACAGAUGGGAUCCACAUAACUGAGUCCACUAAUGUUGUUCUCCAAGAUAGCAAAAUCGGAACAGGAGAUGAUUGUGUCUCAAUUGUCAACGGUAGCUCCAAUAUCAAAAUGAAGAGACUCUAUUGCGGACCAGGACAUGGCAUCAGCAUCGGGAGCCUUGGAAAGGACAACUCCACUGACAUUGUCACAAAAGUGGUUCUCGACACAGCUUUGCUCCGGGAGACGACCAAUGGCCUCAGGAUCAAGACUUGGCAGGGUGGUCAUGGUUAUGUGCGCGGGAUACGUUAUGAAAACGUGGAGAUGGAGAAUGUAGCCAACCCCAUCAUCAUUGACCAGUUCUAUUGUGAUUCGCCCAAGUCCUGUGAAAACCAGACAGCAGCAGUGGAGAUAAGCCAGAUCAUGUACCGAAACAUCAGUGGGACUUCCAAAAGUCCGAAAGCCAUGAAGUUUGCAUGCAGUGACACAGUACCUUGCAGCAACAUAGUCCUGAGCAACGUCAACUUAGAGGGGAAAGAUGGCACUGUAGAGACUUACUGCAACUCUGCUCAAGGCUUUGGAUAUGGCGUUGUUCAUCCUUCGAUCGACUGCCUAACCUCCCACGACAAGGACUACACUUCCACAUCUGAUAUUAUUGAAGUUUCAGAAGCCACCUUUCAGGAAAUUGUUCACACCGAGCUCUAGUCGUGUUUCCCCAUACAGAAUGGUCGUUGAUCAGUAUCAUAUCACAUCGUAUAUUGUAAAUUGUAACGUACCAUAGUAUGUAUCCUAAGGUCGGGAAUCAGGAUGUAGGGCCUUACUAUUAGCUGAUUUCUUGCGAGGGUUUCUUUCUUUUUUUCUAUGUAUGUUAGCGUGGUACAUGGUACUGCAGCUAAUAAUUCAGCAAUGAGAUGGCAAAUAUACAGAACUUUUUCUUAUACUUAUAUCUUCUUCU